AGCCCUGUUCCCUCUCACGACUUGUACCAACUCUACAAAUAACACAAAAUGUCUGCCCCUGCGAAGAAGAUGCCCUAUGUCCGCCUCGGCAACUCUGGACUGAAGAUCUCCAAGCUCAUCCUUGGGACCAUGCAGUUCGGCGACCCCAACUGGCAGGGUUGGGUCCUCCCCGAGGAGGAAUCUAUCAAGGCGAUCAAGGCGGCCUACGACGCGGGUAUCCAGACGUUCGAUACCGCCGAUACCUACUCGAACGGCUUGUCUGAGGUCGUAUUGGGCAAGGCUAUCAAGCAGUUGAACUUGCCUCGUGAUGAGAUCGUCGUUAUGACCAAGUGCUACUGGGUCGUUGGACGCGUCCCCAGCGAUAGUUACAUUACUGUCUACAGCCCAGACGAUAAAGGAUACGUCAACCAGCACGGUCUCAGCCGCAAGCACAUCUUUGACUCCGUCAAGGCAAGCUUGGAGCGCCUCCAGCUUGACUACAUCGAUGUUUUCCAAUGCCACAGAUUCGAUCCCAACACUCCCAUCGCAGAGACUAUGCAAGCCCUUCACGAUGUGGUUAAGGCAGGCUACGUUCGUUACAUCGGCAUGAGCUCUUGCUGGGCGUACCAGUUCCAGGCCAUGCAGAACUACGCCAUCGCGAACAAUCUCACGCCUUUCAUCUCGAUGCAGAACCACUACUCUCUGCUGUACCGUGAAGAGGAGCGCGAGAUGAUGCCUGCUCUCAAAAUGCUUGGAGUCAGCUCCAUCCCCUGGUCUCCCCUCGCCCGUGGCUUCCUCACUCGCCCGGCCAACAGCCAGGUCAAGACCAAGCGGACAGAGACCGACCCUUAUGCCGCAUAUCCCUUCCCCGCCGAGUCAGGCGCAAACGUGACGAUCGGCCGUGUCGAGGAGAUCGCCAAGAAGAAGGGCGUCAGCAUGGCUCAGAUCGCCGUUGCAUGGAUUCUCUCCAAGGACCCUGUCGCUGCGCCGGUCGUUGGUCCCACAAGCAUCAAGAGCUUGCUCGACCUCGUCGAGGGUGUGCACGUCAAGCUUACCGACGAGGAGAUCAAAUACCUUGAGGAGGCUUAUCGGUCUCAGAGCAUCAUUGGCCACUGAGUGUUGCGUUUGCUGGCCCCAACUUAUCAUCUUGUAAACGAUAGAAAAAAAGUGUAAACGAUGUAGCACCUACGAACCCGCAAUGUGAUUGAUACUUCUUGCUAUGUGACUUGCAUUUCCGUACCUUUUGUCAUGCUUGAAGAAAGGUAGAGCGGUAUCGCAGAUACGGAAUUUGUCAAUUCAUUCGUAUGUCAUUGGCAUUUGUAUUUGUACAACUUCAUACACAAUACAGUAUCCUCCGCAAGAGUCUCAUGAAAUACACCUCGCUCAACAUCUCAAGCAGCCGGAGGCAGAGGCGCGCCUCCUCCCCGCCCUCCCCCACCACGACCUAGCCGCCCCCUCAAGGCAAGUCCCCUGCCAGCAAAGCCGAUGCGAAAAGGCCCACCCAUCAUACGUCCCGGCAGCAGAGGCAGCCCAUGCGGGUCUUGCGGGAGCUCAGAGGUGGAUCGCCCUGGCCCGCUCGGAAAUCCGCCCGGCAUCCGCUGGUCCGCAGCGUUGCGCUCGGCCUCAGAAGGUUCUUCUUCGUUGUCGGGGUCGAGGCCGAUCACCAGGGCGCCUGUGUGCCACCCCGCCGCAGACGCCGCGAAACAAAACUUCUCCCCGGCCUUUUUCCUUCCGAGAUUGAAAUCCACCUCAGCGGGCUCCUCGACUUUGGGCGGCUCGAGCAGCCACCUCCGCGUUCGCGCCGUCUCCACGUCUUGCGGCGUCUGAUACCCCCCUGGGGCGCCGAGCGGCAGGUCUGUCGGAAUCCCGAGGCCGAGCGCGCCAUGGGAGUAUGAGCCCCAGGUCAAGAGCUGCCCGGUCGAGGUGAGCGCGCCGAAGUGGUAGUCUCCGAGCAUGACAGAGAUGAUGGAACGGUCUUGCAGGGCAGGCAUGAUCUCAGGCGUGGAGUUGGCCGAGGUUUCGGUGUCGCCCAUGAGGGUGGUGGAGCUGGAGCCAGU